GUAAACAUUUGUCGUCAGUUCGGGAGUUGCCGUCUUGUCGCCGGUUUGUUUUCUCGGUUUUUGCAGAUUUCCGUCGGUUUUCGUUACAAUUAUGGAUGAUAUUGACGAUUUGUUAGAUGAAGUUGAACGUGAGUUUGCACUGAAUGAGAAAUCAGAACGACCACGUAAUGUUAGGAAAGUUAAUCAACGCGAAAUUCCCAAACGAAAUGCAGUUCAAGUCGGAGAUGACAUGGAUAAGCAAAUAGAUGAUAUUUUGGGGCAAGAUGAAGAUAUUUUUUCCGAUUCGAUCAUGAAACAAAACAAUAAGAAAAGUAUGCCCAAGUUGUUGAAUAAUGCUUCUGAAAACAAGAACACUAAAUGCUUUCCACCUUGUCUGGGUGGAACAAGUAUGAAAAAGGGAAUAAGUGUAACAGGACAUAAAAGAGCGUGCAAUAAUCUCCGAUGUACAUCAUGCGAUUUUAAAGUAUUAUGCUUCGAAAAUCACCAGUGGAAUUCGAGUGUUGAUUAUUUAUUUUUCAGAAACAAAAUGCCUGAUCGGGUAAAACUGCAAUUGAAAUUGAAAAAAAUGCCAGGGUGUAAUGCGUAUUGCUGCCAAUGCUCAUGGAAAAGCAUUAAAGAACCCACAGUCAUUUCACAAUGUAAGGAUUUAAAAUGGGUUUGUGGGAAGCAUUGAUUAACUUCAUAUCUUGCAGUAGUCCAAUGUAGGUUUUGAUAUUUCUGCAAUAUUUCAAUAGCCUACAUGCCAGCGGCAUUGUCAUUGUAGAGAUUGGUCAGAAUUAGUUGACAUUCUUCUCUCAAUGUUUUCACAUAAAAAAACUAUUCCCAGUAUUAGAGAUUGAUUUAUUUGUUUUGUGAGUGUUUUUUUUAUAAAUAACAAGAAAAUCUUGGAAAUUAACCGUUUUGUCACCGUCCACAUUUUUUGAGGCGUUUUUAGCCACCCCCAGUUUGAAUGAGGCUCUGGUCAAGUAGCCUGUGAUAUGCCAAAUCAAGAUAUUCUUAGACUGACUGAAUUUUUAUUCGUCUAUUUUGCCUGCCAAAUUUAUUAUUACCUGGGUGAGAUAGUGGUCAUUUGGUGUGAACCGGAGUGAUCAAGAAUUUGUUUCAAUGUUCUUUCUUUUCUGUUGUGUGAUGUAUUAUUGCUUUUGAACUUCAUGUUAAAUGAUAAAGGCCAAAUGGCGCAUGAUAUGGUACAUUAGUUUAUAAUCAUAUAUUUAUAAUAAGUAUUUUUUACAUGUGCUAAUCUUAGAUUUAAAUAUUUUAUCUUAAUAUGUCUUGUUUUUGGAUUAUGGCCAUAUUGAGUUUAAUAUCUUAGUUAGUUUAUCAUUUUAUCCAUCUCUAGAAUUUUAAUAACUACGGUAGGUAAUAAAUGAAAACUAUUUAAAUUUUUUACUUAUGUAAUUUUGCACAUCUGGUUUUAGUACUAUCUAGUAUAUAAUUGCUUUUAUUUACAUUCCUCAGCAUUUAAAGUUUAUUAAAUUGCUUUUAACCAAGUGCGGUAUAUGGAUACUUAAAUAUUGUUUACCUAUGAAUCAUGAUUGGCAUACUGCCAACUUUUAACACUACCACACUUUCAACUGCCAUAUUAACGGAUUGUUUUCAAUAGGUGCUUGUGUUAUUUUAACAAGGUUUGGCUUCAAUUUAAACCUUUUGUCAACUCAGUAGAGAAAAACAAAUAGAACUGAUAUUGGAUACUCAAUACCAUGAGAUUUGCUUACAUUGUCAUAAGGGAGAAUUGAUUCAUUUAGUAGGCCUAUAAGUAUGGCUUGCUGAGUAUAUUGCUCUUUUUGUAAAAUUGUGGUUAUUUCCAGGAUUGCGCGUUUUGAGGGUUCAGUUCUAAAACAUAUUGGUGUUAUAUUGUCCAGCAAUCUCAUUCUAUUUUGAGACAGCAGUUCGUGGGUUUCUUUAUUUUAAUUUUAUUCCAGUAAGAAGAGAAUAUAACCCAUGUGUAUUAUCACAAUGUGAUGGAGACUUGUCUUUCAAUUUCAGCCCUUGGGUGCAUUUGAAUUGUUGCAAUGAUAGCUUCUAAACUACCAGUGUUUUUGGUGACAAUUUGAUAUUCAAACUCAAAUGAUUUGAUUUUGUUGGGUUAUUUUUUCAUUUUUUUUUAAAUUGAUAGCAGACCUGUCGAUAGUCACCCCGUAUGGUAUCACUCAACCCCACUUUUACCCGAACCCGAAACCACUGUAUCGAAUAAAGCAAAUGGGUUACUCAACACCACUUUUAGAGAUCACUGUAUAUAAUAAAGAGAUUCAGUAAUUUAAUAUGUAGGUGCCAUUUCUUCAUGUUCUUUGGCCGUAUAAAUGAUUUUUUAUGGGUUACCAAUGUUGCAUGUUUUGCUUAUUAGCCCUUUGUAGAAGCUAUGUAGCUAACUUAUGUGCGUUUUUUAUUCAAGAUAUUAUAUUUGAUUUCAUUUAACUGUGUUUAUCAAGUAUGGAAUGAAAUGUUUCAUUUAAGAACGUUUUAUGGAAUUAAAUGACAAUUGUAUCAACAGAAACUCGG